CACCUACAGCAGUAAAAUGCAACAUGCACAUUAAUGCAGCAAUCAUAUUAAUCCAAAAACGUCAUAUAUGAUAGUAAAACACUGACAGGGAGCAUUUUACUGCACAAUGAGUACUUUUGCUUUUCAUACUUUGGGUACAUUUUGUUGUUACCUUGUCCGGAAGACACACUUGAUGAAUGAUUUAGAGUGCUUUGUUCAAACAGCGACACCUAGUGGUCAGACUGGGAGAAUCAUACUGCAGGUGUAGUGUUUUCUAUGUGGAUCAUGAGAAAGUGAAGGUGCCUACGCUGCUCUUUACUUAUUGACUAUCGUAGUAAAUAUUCUCAAUUCUUAUACAUCUAAAACAAAGAUUAUUUUUGUCUUUCUUUUUCUUUCUUUUUCUUUGUAAUUGCCAUGUGGCAAACUGGUUCAACCAGCAGGGACAAAGAGAACAAAUGUGGUCUACAAGCCAGCAAUGAACUUUCUAUCACUGCACUUGUGGUUUUGAUUUGUUCUGUUGGUUGCCUUCAGGUCCUGGAGGACACUUUUAGUCAUUUCACUGGCCAGGUAUGUUUUUGUCUGCUGUAAUGCCCUGGAAGCACCACACGGCUGUAGCCCUCGGCGUGUCAAACUACGAGUUAAACCACAUUUCACUUUCAUAAUGAUUGUUAUUUCUAAGAAAUGGUCAGAGCUGUGUCUUGAAUAAUUAAGAAGUAUUAAAUGAAUUCUUAAUUAUAAAAAUAUGUUAGUUUAUUAUUGUGGUUGCAGAACGUCAAUCAAAAGGUUUAUGCUUAAACCCUGAUACAAAUGUUUAGUUUGAAGGGUGUGUCAUGUCCACAUUCAUCAACACAGCCAGUCUAAAUGGAUCCUACUGUAUGCAGCAGGCAGAUAAACCUUUAACUGUCACCAGCAUACAGCAGGCAGAGCAGCAUUUUGAUGCUAGGCGUAAAAUGACUGGAUCUGUGUCUGAAUGAGGAACAAGGAAGUAAAUGAAACUGAUGUCAGAACUGAUCAACAGUUGACUGUGAAGAGAAAUUAAGAUGACUGGAUAUAAAACAAUGAUAAUGUUGCUCUUCACUGUUGAGAUCCUUCUUCAAGGGUGUGAUUCAGAUGUGAAAUGCAGAAAUGACAAAGGAACCGCGGUGGACUGGUACAUCUUAUACAAGCUGCCCUGUGUGAAUGGUGAUGGAUUGUCCUAUCUGUACAUGGAUGAGAGCACCAACGGGUGGAAACUCAGCAACAAGAAAAUCAACAGUAAAUCUGGAACUGUGGCAAACACCCUGAAGCCUCUUCUCCACUUCUACGACAAAAAGUCUGAAGGCUUUGGAUACCUGCUCUAUAAUGAUCAGCCUCCAAAUCAAAACAUGGCUCCUGCAUCAUUUGGCCACAGUAAAGGAGUCGUGAUGUUGGACAAACAAACUGGAGUUUGGCUCUCGCACAGUACACCAAAAUUUCCAACAUAUCGCAGCAAAGACUUCUGGCCAACCAGUGGAAGCAGUAAUGCUCAAACAUUCAUGUGUGUGACUUACUCCUACGAAGAAUUCAGAAAAAUAGGAUUGCAGCUCAAGUACAUCCACGCAUAUUCCUACGACUUCGACGUCCCGACAACCUUCCACAAUGAGCUGCGAUGUGUCGCUCAGCGAAGCUGCUACCCAAAGAGGGAGCCCUGGUCUAACGUGAUGACGCUGACCUCGAUGAGAGGACACAGGUUCACCAGCUUUGCCAAAUACACACGCUUUGGGGACGAUCUGUACUCUGGCCUUAUUGUAAACCAUCUGAAGCAGGGUCUGUAUGUGAAGAGCUGGGGGAGGAUGCGGCGCCCCCUGCCUUCUAACUGCAGCAUCCCUCACCAUGUGUACAACGUAAAGACAGUCAGGCUGAAUGGACAGUCCUUCCACGACACCGUGGAUCACUCCAAGUGGUGUGUGACACCUAAAGGUGGUUGGACCUGCAUAGCUGAUAUGAACAGGGAAGUGAGUCAGAUGAAGAGAGGUGGAGGAGCAAUAUGCACCAAUGAUGCUGAAGUUGGGGGGGCUUUCCACACACUGUUCAAAGAGUAUGAGUCAUGUGAACAUCCACAAAAUGAUUUUCAACACAGAGAGCUUUAAAGGCACAACUCUUUAUCGCAGCUGCACUGGAACCUGAUAUCUUUUCCAAAUAUUGACAACAUCAUUACACAUCCGACUUCAUCUUCAGUGUAUGUGAACUGCUGUCUUUGUGUUGUGUAUUAUUCGUUUUAAUCAAUGGGAAAACUGCUUUUAUUUUCAAAAUCAUGCCUUAAGCAUUAACUUUUAUACAAUCAGGCAACUAUUUUUUCAACUGGAUUUAUUUCCAGAUGAAAUAAAUCAAAUUAAUGAUUAUAUUAAAAUUUAACUCAAACUCUAUGUUGCUGCAGAUGUUUUUCUUGUUAAUGGUUGAUUAGCCGUUUCUAAGCUCAGACAGAUUUAGCUGUUUUGGGGCCCCUGGAUAAAAAUGAGCUGCCAGGCCACUAUGAACUCAAGUAUCCAUUUCACUGUGUAUAUUUUAUUCUGCUUGCAUAUUUUAUUAUUUUAUUGUUUAUUGUUUAGUAUAUUUUAUUGCCUUAGUAUAUUUUCAUUCUGGUAUAUUUUUAAUU